CAACAGCAAAAGACACUUACUCACGUCCUUGACUUGAUCAGACAAUAGUUGAAAAUUUCUUCCGCGCACGUAAAAAGACAGAAUAAUUAUAAGAGAACCCAUCAAAGCUGAUUUAGCUUUAUCAAAGAGAUGUCCAAUUCCGCCGCCAAAGAGCCUCCGACGAAGGAGGAAACGUCACCGUCGUUAUCUUCAUUGCCAGACGCGGUGGCUCAUAGCUUCCUGGCUCGAGUCCCGAGAUCGGACCACAAGGCCAUAUCUCUGGUCUCCAAGAAAUACCGGUCUCUCGUACUAUCCCCUGAGCUAUACAAGACGCGAUCACUAAUGGGUCGCAGGGAAGAGUGCCUCUACGUAUGCUUAAGCUCCAGGCCUUACUCAACACCUCUCUGGUUCAUCCUCCGCCGUGAAAAUGUCAAAACCACAGAACCCGCCGCGGAGUUGAUUCCGAUCUCUUCUUUCCCUUCUCAGCCUCAAAAAUUUUCCUCUUUCGUAUCGCUGGAUUGUGGGAUUUAUGUGAUGGGCGGAUUCAUAAACGACGAUCGCACCUCCGAUGUCUGGUUCCUGGAUUGUCGGUCUAACAAGUGGCGUCAGGUCUCUUCCAUGGGAGUGGCUCGAGCCGCCGCAGCCGCUGGAGUGGUAAGCGGGAAGAUUUACGUGUUCGGAGGCUGCGAGGACACGACCUCCUCCAAAUGGGCAGAGGUAUUCGAUCCAAAGUCACAAACUUGGGACACUUUGGUGCCAAUGGACGAUCGGAACGAAGGUGAUAAUUCGAUCCGCGAGACCCUUGUGAUGGAAGACAAGGUUUACGCAGUGGAUAUAUGGAACGGAUGCUUCUAUUAUUGGCCGAGUCAAGGUCAAUGGGGAAGAAGGAAACCAGAAACCCAAAGUUUUUAUUGCGAUAGCUUCGGGAAUAUGUUUUGGCGUGAGUCAGAGGAACUGGAGUGGAAGAAAGUUAAGGGUUUGGAGUCUCUACGGAAGUUUUUUCCUAGGUCGUCCGUACGGACGUGUGCGUUGGAGAAGCGUGUCAGGAAGCUGAGCAAUUUCGGUAACAACAUUGUCGUCUUCUGGGUUGGACCUUGGUGUGAUGUUUGGUGUGCUGAGAUUUCAUUGGAAAGAAGCCAAGAGGAAGGUGAGAUUUGGGGCACCAUUGAAUGGUCGGAAGCUGUCACCAUACUUGAUCAUGUUGCAGUUUGAGGUUUUGUAUUCUGCUACUGUCUAUCUCUAAUCGAAAUCAUAUCACAAGACACAAAAUGUAUUUGUUUCACUUGUGCUGUUU